AAAUGUUUAUAAGCUUUUUAUUUGGUUUAUUUUUGUUUUAUUUUUCUUCUAAUUUUAUUUAUUUUCUCUUUGUUUGUUUGUUUGUUUGUUUGUUAAUUUAUUCUAUUUUACAUUUUUAACUUGAGUUUUUAUUAUUAAUUAAUUAAUUUCUUAUUAUUUCAUAUUUUUUCUUUAUCUUAUCCUUCUCACUUACUAACUAACUAAGUAAUUAAGUCAAUAUAUUUUUUCUUAAAUAUUUAAAAAGAGGAAAUUAAAUUGGUGCAAAAGGUGCAUCAGGUUUAGGCACUGGUUUAUCAAACUGCACUAAUCUCUCAAAUUUGACACUUUCUCUGGAUGAAAAUAAAAUAUAUAAUGAAGGUGUUUCUGGCUUAGUUUGUGGUUUAUCAAACUGUACUAAUCUCUCAAAUUUAACACUUUGUCUUGAUAGAAAUUAAAUUGGCGAUGUAGGUGCAUCUAGCUUAGGCUCUGGUUUAGGAAAGUGUGUUAAUCUCUAUAAUUUGAAACUUAAUCUGAUAUAAAAUUAAAUUGGUGCAAUUGGUGCAUCAGGUUUAAGUUCAUAUUUUGCAAACUGCACUAAUCUCUCAAAUUUGGCAAUACAUCUUGAUGGAAAUUAAAUUGGUGAUGAAGGUAUAUCUGGCUUAGGUUCUGGUUUAGGAAAGUGCACUAAUCUUUCUAAUUUGGCACUUCAUUUAAGUAGGAAUUAAAUUGGUGCAGAAGGCGCAUCAGUCCUGGGUUCUUGUUUAGAAAAAUGCACUAAUCUCAAAAAUUUGGCACUACAUCUUCAAGAAAAUUAAAUUGGUGAUGAAGGUGCAUCUGGUUUAGGCUCAUAUUUCUCAAACUACACUAAUCUCUCAAAUUUAGAACUUUAUCUUGAUGAAGAUUAAAUUGGUGAUAAAGGCGCAUCAGGCUUAUGUUCUAGUUUAGGAAAGUGUACUAAUCUCUCAAAUUUGACACUUUAUCUUGAUGCAAAUUAAAUUGGUGAUGCAUCAGGUUUAGAUUUUGGUUUAGGAAAAUGCAUUAAUCUCUCAAAUUUGACUCUUUGGCUCGGAGAUAAUUAAAUUGGUGCAGAAGGUACAUCAGGCUUUGGUUCUUGUUUAGCAAAAUGCACUAAUCUUUCAAAUUUGACGCUUUAUCUUCAAAAAAAUUAAAUUAGUGAUGAAGAUGCAUCAUGCUUAAGUUCUGGUUUAGUAAACUGCACUAAUCUCAUAAAUUUAACAGUAUAUCUUAACUACAAUUAAAUUGGUUCAAUUGGUGCUUCUGAUUUAGGUUCUGGUUUAGGAAAAUGCACUAAUCUCUUAAAUUUGACACUUUAUUUGGUUGGAAAUUAAAUUGACUAUAAAGGUGCAUCAGACUUAGGUUUUGGCUUAGGAAAAUGCACUAAUCUCUCAAAUUUGACACUUGAUCUAAGUUACUAACAAAUUGGUGAUAAAGGUGCAUCAAGCUUAGGUAUUGGUUUAGGAUAGUGCACUAAUCUCUCAAAUUUGACACUAUGCCUUGAAUACAAAUAAAUUGGUGAUGAAGGUGCAUCAAGCUUAGGUUCUGGUUUAGGGAAAUGCAUUAAUCUCUCAAAUUUGGAACUUUAUCUUCAUAGAAAUUAAAUUGGCCCAUAAGGUGCAUCAGGCUUAGGUUCAGGUUUAGGAAAGUGCACUAAUCUCUCAAAGUUGAUACUUCAUAUUCAUGGAAAUGAAAUUGGUGUAGAAGGUGUAUUAGGCUUAUGUUCUGGUUUAGUAAAUUGUAAUAAUCUCUCCGAUUUGACACUUUAACUUUAUGAAAAUUAAAUUACUGAAGAAGGUCUGUCAGACUUAGGUUUUAAUUUAGCAAACUGCACUAAUCUCUCAAAUUUGACGCUUUAUCUUCUUAAAGAUGAAAUUGGCGAUGAAGGUGCAUCUAGAUUAGGUUUUGGUUUAGGAAAAUGCACUAACUUCUCAAAUUUGACGCUUUAUCUUUAUAAAAAUUAAAUUGGAGCAUAAGGUAUAUCAAGCUUAGGUUCUGGUUUAGCAAACUGCACUAAUCUCUCCAAUUUGACACUUAUUCUUAGUGAAAAUUAAAUUGGUGCAGAAGGUGCAUCAGGCUUAGGUUCUAGUUUAGGAAAAUGCAUUAACCUUUCAGAUUUGACUCUUGAUCUUCAAGUUAAUUAAAUUGCUGAUGAAGGUGCAUCAGGCUUAGUAUCUGGUUUAUUAAACUGCACUAAUCUCUCAAAUUUGAAACUUUAUCUUAAUAGAAAUUAAAUCGGCGCUGAAGGUGCAUCAGGCUUAGGUUCUGGUUUAAGAAAAUGCACAAAUCUCUCAAAUUUGACACUUUUUCUUAAUGUGAAUUUAAUUGGUGAAGAAGGCGCAUCAGGCUUAGGUUCUUGUUUUGAAAAUUUGAUUAAUCUUUCAAAUUUGUAAAUUUAUCUUCAAGAUAAUUAAAUUGGUGCUGAAGGUUCAUCAGGAUUAGUUUCUUGCUUAGAAAAGUGUGUUAAUCUCUCAAAUUUUACACUUUUACUUCAUGGAAAUUAAAUUGGCGAUAAAGGUGCAUCAGGUAUAGGUUUUGGUUUAGGAAAGUGCACUAAUCUUUCAAAUUUGUUUCUUGGCAUACAUGGCAAUUAAAUUGGUUUAGAAGGCGUAUUAGGCUUAUAUUAAGGGUUAGGAAAAUGCAUUAAUCUCUUAGAUUUGGAACUUUGGUUUGGUAGAAAUUAAAUUGGUGAUGAAGGUACAUCAUGUUUAAGUUCUGGUUUAAUAAACUGCGCUAAUCUCACAAAAUUUACACUUCAUCUACUGUAAAAUGACUAACAAUUCAAUAAAUCAUAAAAAUUGAAACUAAAAAGAAAGUUUAUUAAAUCAAAAAGAUUAGUUGUAUUAGAAAUAAAAUAUUAAUGAAAAAUAUAGGUUGGUGAAAAAAGGACAAAUAAAAAAAAUAUUUGAAAAUUAUUUAUAAUAUGUUUUAUUUAAUAUUAUUUUGUAUCCACGAAAAUAAACUUUAUAAUAAGUAGAUUUAUUGUUAUAUUUAUAAAUAUUGUCAAUUCAAUAAAAUAAGGAGAUAAUAUUGAG